CUCCACCCACGACUCCAGCCAGACGAGUUGCAGUGGCAAGCUGAAAUGACAAUGCAGACCGUUUUAACCGUCAAAUAAUAAGAACUUGUUUGUCUUGCAACGUCAAAUAUUGUUCUAUAUUCAUUAUAUUGACGUGUUGGUGUCAAGGUCAACAGAUAAUUACACGAACGUUGUUGUAAUCAUUUAAUUAUACGAAAACAACAAGACGGGCGUAUCAGCAGUUGUCCUGUCGCGACGGGGACGAAGUCACUGGCUGCUAGUGUGUCCUUGACAACAGGAUCCAUCGCCAGGUCAAAAGGCCGCUUUGACAUCUGUAUUUGACAAUCCGUUAAUCUCCUCUGUUUGUCUAAGGAUCAGCAGUGCUUGAGUGCGCGCGGCGUGGUGAUCGCUCGGCGUGGUGAUCGCUCGUCGGCCAUCAUGGCCUGGUCUGGCCGCCGCCGCUCGCUGCUGGCUCCGUGGGAGGACACAGAAUGCUUCAGCUACUACGACAUGCUGACGCCGCACGAGGUCUACGAGGUGGUGGGCUCACAGCUGACGGACGCCGACCUGGACAUCCUGUCCUUCCUCCUGGAGGAGGUCUACCCCCCCACACAGCACCCGCUAGACCCCCAGCACUGGAGCCAGGUGGGGCUGGGGGAGACCGGGGACCUGGAGGUUCGGACGCCGCCGGACCCUCGUCUGCUGCGCGCCUGGAACAGGAUGCACUCACGUGCCCCGCCCCCCUCCGCGAGCUCCUCCUCCUCGUGUGCCCCCCCCUCCGCGAGCUCCUCCUCCUCGUGUGCCCCCCCCUCCGCGAGCUCCUCCUCCUCGUGUGCCCCCCCAUCCUCCCCGGACGCGGCCCGAAGCCGGCCCAAGUGCGGUGUGCGUCUGCUGCUGGAGCUGGAGAGGCGUGGCCACCUGAGCGAGGCCAACAUGGAGCCGCUACUGAGGCUGCUGAGGAUCCUCACGAGACACGACCUGACACCCUUCGUCACGCGCAAGAGGAGGAGGACAGUGUCUCCGGAGAGAGAGUACCCUCUUCCACCCUCCCAUGUGGCCCUCCAGGAGGAGGAGGAGGAGGAGGAGGAGGAGGAGGAGCAGGAUUACCCAGAAGACACCAGGAGCUGUCACCAUGACGACACACCCUUAGACACCGCACCCCAAGGGGGCCGACAUCACCGCUCACCCACACAAGAGCGCUCACCCACGCGUUGCACAGAAGGUGGGCCUCCAGUGGCGACUCCGUUGGGCCCUGUGCGGCGUAGCAGGCGGGCCAAAGGUCGCUACGGUAACUCCCGACGCCGGCGACGGGCCCCCAGACGAGUUCCAGAACCCCGGGGGCCGCCCGUUUCCAUGGAUACCCAGGGGCCGCCCGUCUCCAUGGAUACCCAGGGGCCACCACUUCCCUCUCCAGAGGCACCUGGAAAAGCCACCUGCAAUAUCCGUCUGCGUGUGCGUCCAGAGUACUGUGAGCAGGAGGCGGUGUUGCGUGCGGUCGUGUCGUCUGAUAAGCGCGACCCGUUGGCACGGCGACUGGAGCUCUUCAAUCGCGCCAACGCAGCGCUGAGGGGGCGGGACCUGGGAGCAGUGCACUGUGACAUCAGGUUCUCUGAGCUGUCUAAGCUGGAUGCCUUCUGGUCUGACUACCUGAGCGGUGCCCUGGCCGCGGCCCUGCGUGACGUCUUCCUAACGGAGGAGCUGAUUCGUCAGGCCGGCCAGCAAGAGCUGCAGCUAUUGGUCAGCGUCGACCAGGACGACUACGAGCACGGACGCAGAAUACUCCUGCAGAACACACACACACACGCCAGGUAACACCACACACACACACACACACACACA